AUGGAGGGUCAGCUCUACAUCGUGGGUGGCAACAGUAUGGGGGAGGAACCAGAUGCUGAGGUAUACAAACCAGUGGAGGAUCGAUGGGAUCCUCUCCCCCUUCCACCAUCGCUGGAAAACAGAUUUCACAACGCCCUCCUCGUCGAUGACAGCAAGAUGGUUGUGACCUUGUGCUGUGGUGGCCCGACGUUUGUUUUCUCAGCUCGAGAUCUUUCCUGGGAAGUGGCGGACCUCCUUGGAUUGCAGGAGCGGCACUGCUGCUUUGUGCACUCCAACCAGAUGUACAAGUUUGACAAGGCGGGAUCAUUGUUGUUGAGAUACGACAAUGGCAAGAAGUCGUGGGAGGCAAGACCACGUCACGUUUUUAUGUGA